GGGAGGGGCAACUUUCAGUACCUUUUUUUUUGUUUGAUUAAACUAAAAUCCACAAACUGAGUGUUACAAUUAUAAACUUCAGACUAAAACUUUACACGACUGUUUGUCCAAUUAUAUAAGACUGAAAAGAACCCAAUAUACACACACGCACACCAGAAUAUAUAUUAUUCAUUUAGGACUGUAGUUUAAUUCUGUGCUUUUUUUGCAUCCUUAAAAAAAUAAUGCAUAAAAACUUGUGUAUAUAAUAUAAACUAAGUAUAUAACUAAGUAUAUAAACAGUAAACUGAAGAAAGUCAUUGACAGUGACUCUGGGUAUUAGGCUAAAGCUAGCGGCGUAACAUUGCGUGUGUAUGACGUCAUACGCCGUCGAUUAGGAAACGGCUUAUACUUCCGGUUAGUAAAAAAAAGGCCAGUGUUCCAUUUGAGACGGUAUUACCUUUCUAAAAUUCAUACACUAGACGGUAGAAGACAUAAUGCAUAGUGUAAGUGUAUAGUACGUCAUUUGGGACACAACUUUAAUAUUUACUCCACGAAGCAUGUUUUCGGAACUGAAGUAACGUAAUGAGUAACGCACCCUGUGCUGCAUGCAGACCAACUAAUCCCUAAUGAAAUUCGUUGACAACGAUUUUCAUAAUCGAGUAUUAUCGAUUUUAUCGAUUAGUCGUUACAGCUCUAAAUUCAUAUAAUCACUCUUUACAACCGUGAUGAGCAGAACAGCAUCUCCGCAUUCACAACACAUCGAACUUUGAGGUGAAUGGGCUACAAUAUCCGAAAACCACUUCAGAUUCCACUCCUGACAACCAAGAACAGGAAUCUGAGACUAGAGUAGGUUCACCAAAAUGGUUAUAAAUAGGUUUUCUGAGUUGCCGUAGCCUUCAUGUCAGCCUGAACCUGUCUGGCCCUUCUCCUCUGAUCUCUCUCAUCAACAAGGCGUUUCCGCCCACAGAACCGCCACUCGCUGGAUGUUUUUGUUUUUGAGUGACGCAGAUGGUGUUUGAACGCAGGGAUGUGCCAACAGGAAAAAAAACAAUUGCAGCCGGAUCAGAGAACAGUGUUGGGUUGCUUUUGUUACCCGCCUCAACUUUUCAGACACGCUGAGGAAGAGGAUGGUGAGCAGACAAGCCAAGUACGAGCUGAUUCAAGAGGUGGGCCGAGGCAGUUAUGGUGUGGUGUACGAGGCUGUGGUGCAUCGGACAGGAGCGCGUGUCGCUGUCAAGAAAAUCCGCUGCCACUCGCCUGAGAACGUGGAGCUAGCUCUGCGGGAGUUCUGGGCCCUCAGCAGCAUCCAAAGCCAGCACCCUAACGUGAUCCACCUGAAGGAAUGCGUGCUCCAGAGAGGCGGACUGGCUCAGAGGAUGAACCACGGCUCCGACUCCUCUUCAUACCUGGAGUUGGUGGAAACAUCCCUGAAGGGUGAGCUGGCGUUUGAUGGGCGCCGUUCUCGCUACCUGUGGUUUGUGAUGGAUUUCUGUGAUGGUGGCGACCUGAACGCGUACCUGCUCUCGCGCAAACCGAGUCGCCGGACCAACGCCAGCUUCAUGUUGCAGCUGGGCAGUGCGCUGGCCUUCCUGCACCGCAAUCGCAUCAUCCACCGGGACCUGAAACCCGACAACAUCUUGAUCUCGCAGGGUCCGGCCGAGCCCACGCUUAAGGUGGCCGACUUUGGCCUAAGCAAGGUUUGCUCAGCAUCAGGCUUGGACCCAGACGAGCCGGCGAGCGUUGAACGCUGCUUCCUGUCCACAGCAUGUGGCACUGACUUCUACAUGGCGCCUGAAGCACGCGAGGGCUGCUACACGGCCAAGGCGGACAUCUUCGCGCUGGGCGUGAUCAUCUGGGCAAUGGUGGAGCGCCUGACAUUUGUAGAGGCGGGCACACAGCGCGAGCUGCUGGGCAGCUAUGUGCGCCACGGCGAGGUCAUCGUGCCGCUCGGCGAGGCGCUGCUCGAGAACCCCAACAUGGAGCUUCUGAUCCCAGCACGGAUGAAAAGCAUGAGCGCUGGAAUGAAGCGGCUCAUCAGGGAGAUGUUAGCGGCCGACCCGCGCCAGCGGCCCGACGCCUUUGAGCUCGAGCUCAGGCUGGUCCGUAUCGCCUCCAGGGAGCUGGACUGGGACACGUGAGGAGUGUCCGUAGAUAAUGUGAAUAGAAAUGUUUUUUUUUUGUUAUUUUUAUUAUUAUUCCUUUUUUCAUCUAACCAAGCAAAAUGAACGUACAGAUAAUUGCGUGGUUAAUACUUUUCCUGCUUUGUUCACAAGCACAAGUGAGCAAUGUUUUAUGAGGUAUACUGGGCUUGUAGAUGAAUAAGCAUUUUGUAUAUGCUGUGCUUCGUGUGCAUUGCCUCCAGAGAGAUGGCACUGGCACGGGUAAGGACGUACAUAGAAAACCUCUUUCUUUUGUUUUCUAUCUCUCUUUAUCCUUAUACCAUCAAACCAAACGAAUACACAUUUCCUGCCUUUUUUUUCUUCACCUUUGCUCCACAUACACACAAGUGGGCAAUACUAUACAGUGAGUUGACUGGCUUAAUGGAGUAAAUAAAUGUUACCAUACCUGUUAUGGUAAAUAUACCAUCUAGAUAAUUUAUAUGGUAAGUGAAUGUGUGUGUGACAAGCACAUGGGAAUUGUGGGUCUUGCUUUAUGCCACACUGUGUGUCCAUGGAAUACAGCUGCUGAUCCACACCUUUCUCUCUCUCUUUUUUUUUUUUUUUUUUUUUUUUUUCUUCUUCUUCUUUUGUUUCUGGACAAAGCCCACACAUAGAUCAGACUUUUUGACCCCGAGCUAAUCAUACAAGCACCCUCGCAGAGCACAGCAGUUUAAUUGGGCGUACCGCACUCUGCUUUGCAAAAGAAACCGGUGACAGGUUUUCCCCCGGUGCUUCCAGCUUUUGUAGGGAGCAUCGAUUUCGUCCACUUUGACAGCCUGAAUUUAGCUUGCCGGAAUUUUGCCUGCCUUGCUCUUGGUGCUAACGUAGACGCAACGCAAACCCAAACACAGGGAACGCAUCCAGCUCCUCCAUGUUCAAAUCUUAAACCCGUGUUUGCUGAUGGAUCAAUAGUUUCACUGUAUUACUUUCUCAGGAUUAUACACUUUGUAUAUUUGAUCUUAUCUUAAGCGUUACUCACGUUUUCCUAGUCAGUGCGAAUUGCAGGAAUACUGUGGAUGGAGUUUUGCAGGCAGAGGAAGUACAUACGAGCUGAUUUCUCAUCCAAGUUUGAUCCAUAAAUUAACGGAAAACCAGAGUAGGGAUCAGCAAGUUAUUUAAGACUUUGCUUCCUGAAUAAUGUUCAGCGGUGCUCUAAGCCAGCCCAGUGAUUAAUGCUUGCAGUGUCAGUAGUGUAUUUCAGGAUGAAUGAUGUUCCUAGCUCUUCCAUGUAUUCACCCCGGUCCAAUUUUAUUCAUUUAUUAUUUUUUUUUUAUUCCAGCUGAGCUUGCCAGUGUCCAAGAACUGACUCAAACAUCGACAGAUUUAUGUUUUCCCUCUCCUCUCUACUAAUGUACUUUUAUUAUUAUUAUUAUUAUUUUUGGAUGUGUAUGAUGGGUCAUUCUGUUUAUUCAAGGAAUGGAAAAGGAAAAAAAUCUAACAAAGAAUGAAUACAUUCGUGUAGAAUGUUGGCUGCUUUGCAUUUUACCAGUGCCAUUACUUGAAUUUGCAAACUUGAAAGUCAGUCUUAAGACAGAAAUGCUGCUGUUUAGCUGGAUCGAACUGACAUUCAUACGCAACAGCACUUAUCCCCUGUGACUUCACAUAUCUUUUCAGCACCUUGAACAGCACCGCCUCCUCAUGUGUCUUGUCUGAAUUUUAUUUGUAAGCGUCCACGUUGCCUUCAGGGUGACAGUCGGUUAACACCAGCACCCACACUCGUACACUGUGUGGAAUAUAUUCGUAAAGCCGUGAAUGCCACUGCGAGCAGAACAUUUUGACGUUCCUCACACUCUCGUUUUCUCUUCGCCGUAAUCCCCCUCUCGUCAGGCAAACGCUAAGCCUGUUAAAUUGUCAUGACGAAGAAAACAAGGCUUUGAAAAUGGAUUGAAAAUGGCAUUCAAGUCAGCAUUUUGUACCGAGACUAAAGAGUCCACAGAGCUCACUGCGGCAAUCGCUGUCUCCCUGCUGCGAAGUUAGAAAAUUAAUAAAGUAUUAAUAUUUAAUACUGUUUGAAGAAGAUAUUCAGGGUACCCUUUCUAUUGGUGUACUUAUUUUUGAACCAGCAAACAUUUUCGUCCUGAGAUCACGUCUUUUUAAACAUCCGCGUUAACAACUAGAAUGCAUAAUUCCCACCCUGGUUUUGGAUCACCAGAAUACUUUUUAAGGCUACAAGGUUGAAGUGACACAAAUCUGAUUUUUCUUUUCCACCAGACAGUAUGGACAAAAAUAAAAAUCAGAUCUUUUCAAAUGACACCUGAGACGCUUUCGUAUGAAGUCCAAGAUCAGAUCGGAAUUCCUGUUACUUUUUUUUCUUUUCUUCCAGUGGACUGUGCACACAGUGACUACGUUUACAUGGACAGCAGUAAUCUAAUUAUUGAGCUUAUUCUGAAUAAGACAAUAUUGUGAUUAAGGUGUUUACAUGAGACGCUUUUAGAAUAUUUCUUUCAUGUUUCUGUUUUAUAUGUUAUAGAACACAGAGCGAUUAACGGCACGCGUCAUUACAUCCCCACGUCACGCCGUCUGACGUCCCUCCAGAAUUUCACGCAUCAACAUACAGUUCGUCUUUGUUAUGGUACCGUAUACAGUUUUGGGUGUUUUUUAUUUUUAAUUUUACGAAAGCUUCAAGUGCAGUUAAUUAUUAGUCAUGCUAUACGUGCAAAUGGACGACGGCUUGAAGCCGUGGGCUGCGUCCCAAACCGCAUACUUACUUGCAUGUAUCUCGCCUACUAUGUAGUAGGUAAGUACACGGUUUUGGACGCAGCCGUGCUCUCUUGUUUGCAAACCGUCAAACGGUUGAGCGCUGCCGUGUGUGUACGUGUCCUGUCUAAAAAUGCGGUGAAAUCUCCCACACGAUGUUAAUGUGAUUAAGGUAGGCUGAAACAGGAAUACUCCACACGCCUUAAUUCCAUUUGUGUUUACUUCGAGUAUGACUUUAGUCGAAGGUCAUCAAUAAUCGCUGUUUACAUGCUAGUUGCAUAAUCAGAGUAUCGUCUUAAUCGGGUUAAUAUCGGAUUAUUGUUGUCCACGUAAACAUACUGAUUGUCCUCACAGCAAUGCAAGACUGGAUGUCAGCAUUUGCGGAAUCGAUUCAAACAAAACACAAUCAAUUUUUGUCAUUAAAGACCAAAAUGGGUCACUAUCAAGAGACAAAUCCGAUCUGAGCCAAAAGUGGCAUUGUGCAGUGAAGCUUUUAAUGUGAUCGUAGCCUAAUUUGCCUUUUUCAUUGACCAGUCUUAUGCCUUAUUUUAAAAUCCUGUUGCCUCUGUAAGCACAUUGUUUAUUCUUUUAAGACAACAAUGGCCUUGACUCCGGGUUUUUUUUUUUUUUUUUUUUAAAUAAUCAAUUUGAACUAAUAUUUUUAAACAGACAUACUUUUUUGCUUUUAUGGCCCACCUUUUAAUCUGAUGGCCUUUUGUUUGUGUUGUAAUUUAUCAGUAUUAGCCCUUUCAUGCAUGAAUUAUGAAAUCCUGAUCAAGGAUUUUUAUUUUUUUUUUAAAUUCUUCUUUAGGCAUAACAUUUUUUUACCUCCAUUUUACUUAUAUAAGAUAUACAUUUUUUAAAAAAUGUAUUGAAGUGUCCACUCCGAUUAACUGCAUGCGUUCAAACGACGUAUUAGUGUCCAGUCUAGUGCCUGCUUAUGCAGUUUAAAAAAAAAAUAAUGCAUAUCCUUGCAAUAGCAAGAAAAUGGCUUUUGAAUAGCUGUCCACUGUAGUGAUGACUAUGCAUGAAAGGGUUAAUUAUCUUGAUGACUACAAAUUGGACUACUAUAUCCCCAUAAAUGCUUAAGUAUACAGCAGUUGUGAAUGGAACUGUUAAAUAAGCCACCAUCAACCUCUAAGAGUGUUAACUAGCAGGUAAUAGGGCAUGUUUAAAAUGUUUUACAACCUGUAUUCAUGGUGGUCACCCUACAGCCGUUUUUUUUUUGUUUGUUUGUUUUUUUUUCCCUUCAAUUCAAAUUUGGGAAAAUAAGGAUUUCAUUUUUAUGGAUUGGACAGAUCUUUGGUGCACAAGGUCCAAAGAUGCAUAUGUCAUAGCUCAACAAGGUGUUGAUAGAUAUUUCAGAUAUUUUAGCAACCUCUGAGGAAAAAUAUGUAAUGGGUGGAAAAAGCAAAUUUAGCUUUCCCAGCCAGCAGUUAGAAAGGUUUUUUCCUCAUUCCCCUCACUCCGGACUGUUCUAUAAUAGUCCUUAAUCAGAAGUGAUUUCUUUGUUGCCCCUUCGUUUGCGUCUUCAGUUUAUUAUUUCUUUGCACUUGUAGAUACUGUAAAUGGACAGCACACACAAGGUCAGAAAGAAGAUCUCAAAGUCCAGUCUCUAAACUGUGGUGGUUUUUAAAAAAAUUAUUUUUAUUUUUUAAUGAAUGAUGACAGGCAGUACUGAAUGUCUAAAUCUGCCAAGUUUAGGCUGUAUGAUCUUUUGAUUUCAUUGUGAAAUAUGUAUGACGAUUGGUUACAGCCUCUGUAUGUGCUUAUGAUGUGCUUUAAAACUGUGAGCAGUUUUAAAUUCCACUUUUCUUUGGUCCUACCAUUAUAUAUAUAUAAAAAAAAAAGUCUUAUACAGGGAACACAGGGAUCACAUGAAAAACCAAUCAGCUACCUCUAUAGCAUUUAAAGCAGUGGUGUCAAAAUCAUUUUAGGUAACGGGCUACAUUAUUUUUAGUCAAAUGGGCCAGAACUCCUCUUAAAUGUGUUUGUUUAUUGGCAUUUAUAUGAAAGAUAUAGAUUCUAAAUUCACAGACACAAUGAACAUCUAUGACUUACAAAAUAAUUUUGUCCAAAUUAUGGUUUAUAUAGGUUACGUCACAGAUAUACACAAAAUAGCAUGGGGAGAAAUUUAUGUGCAAAAUUACAAAUGGAAAAAAGUUAGUUCUUUAUUUGGUGGUGUUGUCAGCAGUUAAUGGCUCUGAGUUUAUUGCUCUGUUUUUAAGUGGUAUAACAGAGACUUGCACUUUUUUUCUAAUCUUUAUGCUAAAAUUUUUUUUAAAGAAAUUUCGAACUUUUAUGGGGCUGGUCCAAGCCCGUGGGCCAUAUGUUUGACACCCCUGAUCUAAAGGCUUGUGUCACUACCAAGGUUAAGCCGAAUACUGGAUUACAACCAUUUGGUGGGCAAAUGCAUUCGUUCAUUAAAGCUGCCUUUUUCAACCAACUUUAGGUGCUAACAGUGUGAGGCAUUAGCCCAGGAUGUCCUCCAUAUUAUGCCAAAAGCACUGUAAUAUCAGGAAAAGCACCAUCGAUGCUGUGCAAGAGGCGGCUCAAGCGCUGUCCAUCCGUGUUCGUAUUUGUACAUGAGUGUCUUCUACCACGUAGAAAUGAGAGGAAAUGGACAGAAAAUGAAAGGGUGUAAAGUGAAAGCAGGCCACAUUGCAACACACUUUGGUAGUUUUCCUGUUCAGGCAGAAACAAAGGUUCAUUAUUAGUGUUUGAGUCAAGUUACAGUAAUUCAUAGAUAAAGAAUGAUACAUAAUUGUAAAUUGUUAUUCCCAAGACAAAAACAGAUCUACGGUCUGAUUGAAGUACAGGAGAAAGUCCCUUCCUUCACUGUGCCCUGCUCACACAAUCGCACCUAACACAUCCUGUCUGUUUGCUUGACAUCAACAUAAAGAAAUGUAUCAAUUAACUGGUGUACUUUGUGGCUUGGUUUUAACUAACCAUUUUUUUUUGUUGUUGUACAGUAUUUUUUAUGAGAUUUGAGAUUUACAAGAGGCUGUAAAUGUGUAAUUUAUUGUUGGGAUUGGCUUUAUAAAUAAAUAAAAAUUUGGACUUAAAUGAGACAUUUCAUUGGGCUGCAUAAACUUUAUAUUGUGUGUA